UUACAUGCCAAUCACACCCUAAAGCCCCACCUGAAAAAGCGGUUUCGGUAUUGCUCCCAAAAAGCCCAAACAGUAUUAACCGAUUCAGAGUCGGCAGGUGUUCAUACUUCAAAUUAUCAUAGCUCCUUCACAUACACUGCCUCCUGCGAGUGUUUAGGGUUUCAGUUAUGGAACAUCACCAAGGGAUAGCAGAAUAUGGUGAGCAGGACGGUGAAGAAAUUCCCGACGAAUUCCAGUGUUGCGUGUGCCUUGAUAUCCUGUACAAACCAGUGGUCCUAGCAUGUGGUCACAUCUCUUGCUUUUGGUGUGUAUUCAAAGCCAUGGACACUUUCCAAGAGUCACACUGUCCUGUGUGCCGAAACCCAUUUAAUCAUUUCCCCAGAAUCUGCAAUCUAUUGCACACCUUGCUUCUGAAAUUAUACCCAUCUGCCUACAACAGAAGGGAGAGACAAGUGGCAGAAGAAGAAAAACUAUAUGGGCAUGCAUCUCCAAAAUGUGAGGGUGAUACAAUUAAUUCUCAAUUAAGUGAAGAGCUCAGUGCAGGACAUUCUCUUCAAGUAGAUUCGAACGACACAUGUGCAGGUGACCAUUCAAUUGUUCAACGUUCUUCAGGUAGAACUUCUCCUAGUGGACUUGAUGCUACUACUAAUCCAACAACAUCAAGUUCAUAUAAGAUCGUCCAUAAUGCCAAUGAUUCUGUUGGACAAAGCAACCAGGUCCUUUUGACCGACUUACAAUGUGCUGUUUGCAAAGAACUAUUAUGCCGUCCCGUCGUUCUCAAUUGUGGCCAUGUUUAUUGUGAGGCUUGCAUUGAUCCACACGACAAUGUCUGCAAAUGUCCAGUUUGUGAAAGUGCACAUCCGAAUGGGAUCCCGAGAUUGUGCCUAAUUCUAGAGCACUUCCUUGAGGUACAUUUUCCUGAAGAGUAUUCGGCUAGAAAAGAAUAUUCGCGUAAAUUUCAGAGUGCCAGUCCUUCAGGAGAUUUGGUGGAGAAACAAGAGCAGUCUCAGUGUCCACCUCUACUUACAAUCGACGAUUUAUCUCAGUUAUCCGACCGUGGAACUAAGUUUCAUCCUGGUGCUGGUUGCGACUACUGUGGGGUAGUACUUCCAUGCUUUCAUCUUCUCAUGUUCUCUAGCUUGCCAGCUGUCAUUAAUUGUGUUGAGAAAAUAGGGUUCGAUCUAUGUGAGAGCUGCUACAACACUUCCUCCAAGCUUCCCGGCCGAUUUAACCAGCAGCACACUGAGGACCACAAGUUUGAGGUCAUCCAGGCGCCGUAUCAAAGGAAUAUAAUAAUGAGCCUCCCUGAUCAAUUUGAUCUAAUUGCUAAUAAUAGUAAUAAUAAUUCGAGCAUCCAAGUAGUUUUUACAGUUCCUCUCUUGCCAAAUGAUGAUGCUUUGGAGAAUGGAGUUGAGAGCACAAACUCAUCGGACAAUAGUUUGCAAGAUUUAGAAGAUGUGGCAUCACCAGAUUCCUCCUCAAACAAUGGAUGA